AUGGACGGCGUCAAGCCCUUGAUCGAGCCGAAGCUCCUUCAUACCGUCGUGGAGCGCUAUGAGGGGCAGGCUACGUCGAACGGGCUCCCCCAGGGAUCCGGCGUGGCGACGUUCCGCGCCGGCCACACGUACGAGGGCGAGUUCUGCCAGGGAUACAUGCACGGGCUCGGCAAGUACUCCUGGGUCAACGGCCUCGUCUUCGAGGGCCAGCUGGAGUGGGGCAGCAUCAACGGCGACGGCACCUACUCUUGGCCCGACGGCGCGACGUACACGGGGCAGGUCAAGGACGGCAAGUGCGACGGCUCGGGCCAGAUGGUCCUACACGGCGGCAAGGUCAUCUACAACGGCAGCUGGCGCGCGGGCCGCCGCCACGGACAGGGCACUCUGCUGUGCCUCGGCCCCGACGGCAGCCAGUACGAGGGCUCGUGGGAGGCCGGGAAAAAGCAGGGAUGGGGGACUAUGACGUACCACAGCGGAAACCACUACUCGGGCGGGUGGCACCGGGACCAGAAGACGGGGGAGGGGGUGAUGGUGUGGCAGACGCGCGAGGAGGAGUACCGCGGGGAGUGGGCGCGGGACCUCCCGAACGGCCUCGGGCAGUACUUUUGGUGGCUCACCAUCCCGCGGAGUACGCUGCGCCCGUCGCGCAUCCAGCAGUGCAACUACUACGUCGGGGCGUUCAAGGACGGGCUCCGCAGCGGGUACGGGCGGUUCCACUACGCCAACGGCGCCAGCUACGAGGGCCUGUGGAACGACAACCGCCGCCACGGCCGCGGCGUGUACAUCCUGGAGGACGGCACGGUGCUCGCGACGACGUUCAAGCUGGACCGCCCCGCUGUGCCGCUGAACCAGAUCAAGCCGCCGUCCCCGGAGCCCAAGGUCCGCAUCGCCGACCUGAUCGCGGAGUCCUUCGAGGACCCCGCGGUCGCCAAGAAGCAGGUCGCGAGCGUGCUCCUGCGCUACAUGUCGGAGCUGCGGUCCAUUUACGACCAGUACGCCCAGCUCCCGGUGUCGGGCACCGACACCGGAGUCCCCUCCAUGACUCAGCCCGCGGCGAUGACGCAGCGCCAGACCGGCGACGGCACGCGCGAGUCCGAGUCCGGCGGGCCCGUGCCGGCCCUGGCCAAGGACGCGCCGCACGCGGAGGGCACCACCGAGGCGUGGCACGUCCACUCCUUCCGCCUCUGCCUGGCCCACUUCUGGCGGCUCCUGCAGGACUGCCGGAUCCCGACGGCGGCGCUGCCGCUCGCGGUGAUCGACACGCUCGUCGCGCGCGCGAAGCGCCUCCCGAGGGAGAUUGAGGCGCUGCGGAAGGACAUGGCGGCGGAGGGGCACACGAUCCCGCCGGACAACGACCCGGGCGUGCACGACCCGGGCUCGGAGCUGUCGUUCGUGGCGUUCUGCGAGGCGCUGGUGCGCGUGGCGCACGUCCGGCUGUCGCACCUGCCGUCGCUGGAGCGGCGUGUGCACACCUUGUUCGCGCACCACAUCGUGCCGAACGCCGGCGCGCCGUCGCGGUCGGAGCUGCGGCAAAUGUACGAGGAAGAGGACGUCCAGGCCGUCAUGACCGAGCUCGACGAGGACCUCUACGCGUUCUACCAGGCCGCGAGCGGCGCCAGCGGCGCCGGCGCCGGCGGCCAGUCCGGGGCGCAGGUGCAGCAGUUCGAGAGCGCCGGCUCCGCGGAGCCCAUCCCGAACUUCCACUCCGCGAUGUCGUCGAACGUCAGGCAGGACGGCGGCAAGGAGCCGACCAAGAAUCCGCUCAAGCGCAACGAAAGCACCAUGUCGCGCGCACCAGGGGCGCCGGCGGCGCCGAGCUCGUACGCGCACUCGCUGGCCCGGAGCAAGUCCGCCGUCACCAUCGGCCCGGGCCCGCGGUUCCCCGCGAACGAGACCAGCGUCAUCGCCUCGGGCCCCGUCCCCUUGGUGCGCGACGUCCUGGCGGCGAUCUCCGCGCGCGGCGUGCUCUCAGGCCCGGUCAGGAUCCCGCAGCCGGAGCCGGAGCCGGAGCCCUCCGGGGAGGAGCCGCAGCCGCCGCAGAACCGCUCCUCGGUCGUGACGGAGACCGAGGGCGAGGACACCGUGGACGUCCCCCCGCCGCCGCCGCUUCUGCCGGGCUGCGGCGUGGACCUCGCGGACGCCGUCGAGGUCCUCCGCAUCGUGCAGCACCCGGGCGACCUCCCCGACAUCUUCACCGAGGAGGAGGCCGAGCUGGACCCCGCCCGCGUGCCCACGCCGCCGGACGAGCCCGCGCCCGGCGCCGAGGCCUCCGGGGUCGCCGGCGAGGCGAGCGGGAGCGGCGCGAGCAAGCCGGACGGCGAGGGCGACGGUGCGGAGCGCGAGGAGCCGCAGGAGAGGGACCACGAGGAGGCCCCGCUGACAAUACACCUCCCUGUUAUGGAUGCGGAGGUGUUGUACCCCGAGUUCGUCGAGGCGGUGGCAUACCUGGCGGAGCGCGCGGUUCCGGGGGAGAUGUCGAUGGCGGACAAGAUCUGGUCGUACGUGGGCGGGGGCCUGCUCGGGCGGCCCGGCGCGACGUACCCCCCGUUGCUGGGAGAGGACGGGGCGGUGGAGGCGCGGCGGUCGUCCGCGGGGAUGGAGGAGUGA